CGUAUCAGCUACAAAGCUGUCCUGACCCUCGACCAUUUCGUAAUGGUUUUGUUGUUGGGAAUGACUUCACUGUGGGACAAACUAUUUCAUUUGAGUGUUUUCCUGGCUACACAUUAAUUGGAAAUUCAGCUCUGACUUGUCUUCAUGGAAUCAGCCGUAACUGGAAUCAUCCUCUCCCCAGAUGUGAAGCUCUUUGUGGAGGAAACAUAACUGCAAUGAAUGGCACCAUAUACUCUCCAGGAUAUCCUGAUGAGUAUCCAAACUUUCAAGACUGCUUCUGGCUUGUUAGAGUACCACCUGGAAAUGGAAUCUACAUAAAUUUCACAGUUCUCCAAACAGAGCCAAUAUAUGAUUUCAUAACUGUCUGGGAUGGACCAGACCAAACCUCUCCUCAAAUUGGACAAUUUAGUGGCAACACUGCAUUAGAAUCAGUCUAUAGCACUUCCAAUCAGAUUCUGAUCAAGUUCCACAGUGAUUUUACUACCAGUGGCUUCUUUGUACUUAGUUACCAUGCCUAUCAGCUCCGGGUCUGCCAGCCUCCAACAAAUAUACCAAAUGCUGAAAUGCUAACGGAGGAUGAUGAAUUUGAAAUAGGAGACAUAAUAAGAUAUCAGUGUCAACCAGGCUUUACAUUGGUUGGUAAUGAGAUUCUGACAUGUCGACUAGGUGAAAGGCUUCAGAUGGAUGGAGCACCACCAACUUGUCAAGUGCUGUGUCCAGCCAAUGAGAUGCGUCUGGAUUCAACCGGAGUAAUACUGAGCCCUGGAUAUCCUGACAGCUAUCCAAAUCUCCAGAUGUGUGCCUGGACCAUUACUGUGGAAAAGGGUUAUAAUAUCAGCAUGUUCUUCGAAUUCUUCCAGACAGAAAAGGAAUUUGAUAUACUUGAGGUGUUUGAUGCUCUCUACUGUAGUACUCCAGAGUCCCCUCCACAUGGUUUCAUUGUCAGUCAGACAGGUGGACAGCUCAACAGUAUGGUUCGCUGGGCUUGUGAUCGAGGUUUUCGACUUGUUGGGAAAAGUACUGCUGUAUGCAGGAAGUCUCCAUUUGGUUAUUACUCAUGGGAUGUUCCAGUCCCAGCUUGUCAAGCAAUAUCCUGUGGAAUUCCUAAAGCUCCACUAAAUGGUGGGAUAUUAACUACAGAUUACUUAGUUGGCACCCGUGUUACUUAUUUUUGCAAUGAUGGAUAUAGACUAUCAGCCAAGGAACUUACUACUGCAGUCUGCCAGCCAGAUGGUACUUGGAGCAACCAUAAUAAAACACCUCGCUGUGUAGUUGUUACAUGUCCAAGCAUCAAUUCUUUUGCACUGGAACAUGGAAGAUGGAGAAUAGUGAAUGGUUCACACUAUGAAUAUAAAACAAAAGUAGUUUUCAACUGUGAUCCAGGGUACUAUGGUUUGGGACCAGCAUCUAUUGAGUGUCUUGCUAAUGGCACCUGGAGUUGGAGAAAUGAGCGGCCUUACUGCCAAAUUAUUUCUUGUGGAGAACUUCCUACACCUCCAAAUGGGAAUAAGAUUGGAACUCAAAUCACAUAUGGAUCUACAGCUAUAUUUACUUGUGACUCAGGAUACAUGCUAGUUGGCUCUGCCGUGAGGGAAUGUCUAUCUUCUGGACUCUGGAGCGGAAUUGAGACCAGAUGUUUAGCUGGUCACUGUGGUAUUCCAGAUCUUAUAGUCAAUGGUCAAGUAAUUGGAGAAAAUUACGGAUAUAGAGACACAGUUGUAUAUCAGUGCAGUCCUGGGUUUCGAUUGAUUGGUUCUUCUGUACGAAUAUGUCAACAGGAUCACAACUGGUCUGGUCAGCUUCCAUCUUGUGUGCCUGUUAGCUGUGGUCACCCUGGUAGUCCUAUUUAUGGAAGAACAAGUGGAAACGGUUUCAACUUCAAUGACGUCGUGACAUUCUCAUGUAAUACUGGAUAUGUUAUGCAAGGACCAACCAAAGCACAGUGUCAGGCUAAUAGGCAGUGGAGCCACCCACCUCCAAUAUGCAAAGUGGUCAAUUGUUCUGAUCCUGGAAUUCCUGCAAAUUCCAUAAGAGAAAGCAAAAUUGAACAUGGAAAUUUCACAUAUGGCACAGUGGUAUUUUAUGACUGUAAUCCUGGAUAUUUUUUAUUUGGUUCUUCAGUUUUAAUUUGUCAACCAAAUGGCCACUGGGACAAACCUCUACCUGAAUGCAUUAAUAUUGUUAGAGUAAUGGAGAAGAGACACAGUAACAAAGGGAAAGUUGUGGACCUGCAAAGUGGCUCAAUUCCUUUGAGAUGUGUUGUAGCUAGAGUACUUCUAGCUAUUGUAAAUUGUCUAAGAAACAGAAUUCAGCAUUCGCUGAACCUGAUUGACUGUGGACAUCCUGGCGUCCCUCCUAACGCGGUCCUGUCUGGAGAUAAAUACACGUUUGGGUCUACUGUUCAUUAUACCUGCACAGGUAGACGGUCGCUGUUAGGGCAGUCGUCUCGUACAUGUCAGUUAAAUGGACACUGGAGUGGAUCUCUUCCUCAUUGCUCAG